AUGAUGUCAUCAUCGACAAAGCCAGUAGAACACACCAAGGAAGAGUUAAAUACUAGUAAUAAAUCAUCGUCAGAAGAAGAACAUGAAGUUCAACAACGCCUCAUCAAAUAUAGCCGGAUAAUUCGAUCUGAACAUAAGACCUCGAAUGAACGUGCAUUUAUUGAUUAUCGAACAAAUCAAUUGAAAGAAAACGUUCCAUUUACCUAUUCAUCCAAUGGUCACACUCAUCUAAUAAUCAAUUCUGAUCAAGCAGAAAUAACAAGUGAUAUAAACGGAAGUGAUUUAAUCAUCAAUGAUCGAUAUAUUAUUACAGCAGCUCAUAUCUUUAACCCAUUAAUAGAAAAAGAAGAUGUACUUGUGCCAUAUAAACAUAUUGAAUUUACGUCAUUAUCAUAUGCAUCUGAUCAAUUAUUCAACACAGAUAAUACAAAUAUAUUUGAAGCUAAAAUAAUCAUUCGUGGUAUUAAUGGCAUUGGAUUACAACCACACGAAAUUUGUUUGAAUUAUGAUGAUGAUGUUGCAACUUUGAGUAUUUGCAGAUAUGAACAAAUAAAAGAUGUAUUAAUGUCCGAAAACAAAAAGGCUUUUUGUCCAACACGAUUAUUGGACAGAGCCGAACUUGAACCGAAUUCAUCAUUAUUUUUGCUGGCAUAUUGUUCAACAAUCCGAACAAAAAACGAUGUGGAAUUUUAUGAAGAAUGUCCAGGUUAUUCACUAUAUACACGAGAACAUUUGAAUUCUUCCAUGCAUCCCAACCAUCGAACAGUGUCGAUAGGAAAAUGCAUAGCAAACGACGACAUACAUAUCGUUCAUGAUUGUCCUUCAUUAUGUGGUGCUAGUGAUGGUUGCAUAUUUGAUGCCGAUGGACGAUUGGUUGGUGUGCAUACUGGUGUUUGUGAUGGUGAUGUGCAUUACAAUGUUAAUGGUGAAAGACGAUUAUGA